AUGGGUGGCAUUGUCAGGGGACUGUUCAGUGCGUUUACGGUGCUUACGAAAAGAUUCGAGACCGUGUGCAGUGUCCGACGCGAUUCGGGAAUGCUCAGCCAGCAUGUCCUCGGCUGUUUCGGCAAUGUCUUCUUUGCCGCAGAAGGAAAUGAUGCUAUCUAUUACAGUUUAGGCUACUUAGUUCCGGUGGAUUACGAAAGAUCAUCACAUGAACCAUCGAAUGGGGUCAACGUGCAAGAUGAGCAGAUUGACGAGAACAAGGAGAUGGCUGUUGACUCUGGUGGCGAGGAAGACGAAGGCAAUGUUGCUAUGAACGAGCAGGGUGAUAAUGAUGAGUGGGAGGAUGAAAAGGAAGACGACGAUGAGGAUGAAGAGGGUUGGGAUCACUGUUACGCAGCCUUCAAGCCAAAGAUCCAAACUCUGUCUAAUGUCAGGGAUUCUCAUCGAACCCGGACGAUAGAAAACAACCAGGACCCCAACAUGUUUACAGUUAUCGACGGCGACGGCUACGACAACAGACUGCAAUGGGUGACCCAUUCGUUAGAAGAGACCCAAUUUAGUUCUGUCAUACAAGGUCGUAUGAGUAUGAAGCUAGACCAGAACUUACCUGCCUAUAAGCCCGAGACUGUGGACAUGCUUUUGUUGCAUGUUGACCAAGAUGCCGAGCUUGGGGUAUCAGGGCAUCAUGGUCUGUUCUCGGUAUUCUCAGUAGCCCCGACUGAGACAGCCCCCGUGGAUACAGUGGUCGCGCCACAUGAGUCUUUGUCGCAGGCUGCUAUGGCGCCAGGAUAUCAUUCAUCUGAGGUUAGCGAGUGCCAGCAGCCCUCAACUCAUGAGCCUUCUGAUGAGAUACUACUACCAAUCGGCCUGGAGUCAAUACCAGAUCUUACCCUCUGGUGGCCAGCGAGCCCCGUGACUUCUUCAUGUUCCUUGGUCUCCACAGUAAGGAAUUCGCCAAAUGAUUCAAGUACAAUUUGCACACUUGUAUCAAGUGAAGAUCAAGACAGAAAAACCGGAUCAAUGGCAGAGGAAAGUGCUUUAGGUGUUGGUGAUCAAGCUCGUCCAGUGCUAGAAGUAUCACUAGGUUCAACCGAUACCGACUAUAGUAUGGUGCAGGGAGUCCAUACAACCCUCUUUGGAGAUGCUCAAGUCGACUACUUGGUGAGACAUUAUAACAUCCACGUGGCAGGUGUGCUCGUUCCGAUAAGUCACCCCGAGAACCCAUUUCGGACCCUCUACCUAUCCACAGCGAUCGAGGGCAUGUUGCAAGAAAAUUUACAGAUGGAGAAAUCAAGACGGCUGGCUUAUACGGCACUCUCUCAGUCUCUGUUGGCAUCGGCGGCAUUUCAUCGCUGGAAAUGCGACCCACGACUUAUGGAAUAUCGAGACUUCGGAGCGAAAUACAGAUACCGAGCCAUUCAAUCUUUACGAGAUACGAUUGAGGAAGCGCCACUUACAGCAAAUUACCAGACCUUGAUGAUGGCGAUCCUGUCUCUCGUGACAAUAAGCGUCUUAACAGGAGAGGGUGACGACUUUCUUAUGCAUAUACAAGCGGCAGCUCAGCUUCGUAGCUUGCGGAAUCGAUGGAACUUAAUGAGCCGUCCAUCCAGACAGCUCAAUGAACUAGGUGCUUUCUUGUCACUAAUGUCACGGACCAUGUUCUUCCAACCAUCCCCAAUCUCUUGGGGUACUAUCGGCGACAACACCCAUGCCGCAGAGACCAUGAUUUUACAGUCGAGCCAAUGUUACGAGUAUGUUUACGGAAUCACGCUAGCGAUAGCCACGGCUAUCAACGAGACUUGCCACCUGGCUGAGCAUCUCAUUCGCUUCAAGCAAAACAAGGAAAGUCUACCCGACGACUUUUUAGAAACGUGUGAAGAACUUGGAAACAAACUCCAAUCAUGGCGAUUCAAAUCAGAGAAUAUCACAUCCUUUUCUGACAGUGGUGACUUCAGGAUGGCGGUGUUCACUCAACAUGCAAAGGCGUGGCAUGCUGCCGCACUCAUCUACUACUGCACUCGCAUACAGCGUGUCCAGCGAGCGGACCUCAUCCCAGAAGUCGACCACGUCGCUGAAUAUGUCCAAGCAGCUGAAGAGUUUAAAUCAAGAUCUGAAACCGUCGGGCAAGGAGAGUCCAUGGCACCAAUCACUUGGCCUGCGUUUGUUGCGUCCUGUAAUGCUACGAGCGAUAGGCGCGACGUGUGGAAAAAGUGUUGGGGGCGGAUGCUCUGCUAUAAAUUGGAGAAUGUCAGCAAGCAGUGGGAAAUCGUCCAACAAAUUUGGCAGAUACUUGAUGUUGCAGAGAGACAAGGGAAUCAUCUGAGUUGGACAGAAGCAUACGACAUCGUCGGCAUCAAUAUCCUACCUGUUUGA